AUGAAAAGUUGGGCCGGACGACCUGAGAAUUUGCGUAGACGAGAAAAAGGGUGCUUUAUUAGCGUCAAAACAUCAAGCUUCUUCCAAGAUAUUGAAAAUUUGCCGAGCCUGGCGGCUCCUAAAGUGCUAACUCAAGACGCUCUUUUCCAUCAUGUGGAGCAAGAGGUGAGACAGGUGAAAAGCGACAUUCUGCUCAUCAAUCAGACCUUACUAUCUGAUAUUAAGGCAGAAUCUCGACAAGCUGAACGAAUUCAACACGAAAUUCAGAAAUCAACAUCUAAAAUGUACCACACUUAUAAACGGGUACAACGCUUAAGGAAUUCCGAUAAGGUGGACUUUUUUGAGCAGGUUGACAAACUUGAACAGAAAUGCCAAAAGUUAGAUGAGUUUCAAGAGAGUUUAGAAACGAUGGCUUCCAAGAUUGCAAAAAAUCUUAUAGAACUGGAUAAGCAGUUUCCGAUGAAAAGUAGGCUAUUUAAUGGGCAAGAUGUUAAUUCGAAGCACUUCCCGCUUCUUUUUGACGCAAUAAAGGCCAGUUCCUCAAUUGAAGUAGGGCCGGAAGACCAAGAUGGUGAUCGGGCAUCACAUUCCCCGCCACCACGAAAUAGAUCAAUUGUUAGCGACUCCUCAAGCAACACAAUUAUCUUGCGAAAAGGGGCUCAAACAGACACUUUUCUGGGAUACUCGCAGAGUGCUGACCGCGACAUCAAUGAUGAAGCACCGAGCUCAAACGAAUUAGACAAGUCUGAACACUCAACAGCACAAGGUAUGCUACAGAUUCAGUCUUCAAGAAGGUCUUCAGAUGGACGCUCUUCGCCGCUCGAAGGGCAUAUGCUGGUUAAUAGGGAAAAUGCAUUCGCGACACUUUCAGGUACUCAAAAAGCUGUGAGCAGUGAGUUGAACAACAGGGGAACGAGUUCAGGACGGUCGCUAACCCAGCGUGAACAGAAUUCAAACUUAGCAGGACGCACGGACGAUAAACCAAGCGAUUUGAGUUUUGCGUCAAGCAGCGCUAAAUCAGCAAGUAACCGCUGUUCAAUGAUUUCAUUUAGCUUGCCGCAGCAAUCUCGACCAUCCGUUGAACUCUGUCUCAAAGAAGCUAAAGCAGUUUACGCGCAGAAUGAUGAUAUUCACGACGCUCAAGCGACUCUGGGACGUACGUGGCCCGGGUGA